AUGGCCGAGUGGCAGCCAAACAACUUUGGCAACACGAUCAACACGAUCAAUUUUCCAGACCAAAUGAGAGGUCGCACCUUCGAGCGAUUCCCACCCGUCCUCGUGCAAGAUGCAGAACGCUUCUCUAGAGAUCCAAGAGUCCCCUUCGUUUCUCCUGAGAUCGCGCAAGCACCAGUCCCCAGACCUCGCAUCAACGCGUUCAAUAACCAGCCUUUGCCUUAUCAGCAUCAUCAACCUGUGAACACCUGGGUUCCAGGGCUUCCGGGACCGGUCAAUACCGGCCGGCCCACCAUGGUCCCGCCCAACACAAUGAUGGCCGCUCCCCCUGCUGUGUAUGCGCAGCCAGGACCUGUCAUGACUGGGCGCCCGGCCAUGAAUCCGGCUCACGCAAUGAUAAAUAGUCCUUCUCUUGGUUAUGCGCAGCAAGAGCCUUUCAUGGGGCCCCAUCCUGCCGUGAAUCCAACUCAUGCAAUGAUGACUACUCCUCCUCCUAUUCUUGCGCAGCGGAUGAGGGAGCAAGUUAACCACUACAAGAUGAUUCUGCAUGACAUUCGCACGGCAAGCGGACGACUGGAGUUCGAACCACCCCGUUUCACGCCUCACCCGAGCUUCACGGACUCGCCACCUCCAGAGAUAUACUCGCCGUCUUCAGAGGGUAAGAGUGCCAAGGAGGUGAUGUUCGCCGAAUCGACUCCAACAUCGAAGCUUCGGGGGGACGCGCCCGAGUUUGUUCCUGGUCGACCAUAUGAGGGCAAAACCCAGAAGCCAAAGACUGAGCGGGGAUGGAUGAUUGUCUCUAGCAGUUAG